GAAGAGGCGGACAAGCGCCGCACAAUGAAAACCAGUAGAGCUCUACAGUGCGGGGCUUAGCCACAGGAAACGUUGCCCUGCUAACUUGUGAUUAGCAGGUUAGCUGGUUGUGCUUCGGGGUGUUUCUGUGAAGCCGUGAGGGAUCAGACAAGAGCCCGGAGAGCGAGGAUGUUGGUCCCCGCGGGAAGAUAAUGAAGAGGCUGCGUGGUUUGUUGGUGUGCCUCGUUGUAGCUCUCCUGUGCUGGUACCCCAGUCAACAUGUGUUCUGCUCAGAGCAGAGCUCGUCUGACCCAGGUCAGACGGCCAGGGACAAAAACCCUGAUGGCCACAAGCAGGAGCAGGACUCCAGGCAACACAAGGUGGCGGAAGAAUGGACGACACACACAUCAUAUGAUAUAGGACUAGAGACGGUGAAAGCAGCACUAGAGCAGCCCGCAACACAAAACAACGAACAUCAUGAACAGACUGUGAAUCCUCAGGAAGCUGAGGUGGAGGAGGCAAAGCCAGACCCAGAGUCUGACACUGGCCCUGUUGCUGCUGAGCCAGACCCCCAGAGUGAUUUGGACCUGAAAACUGACGCCCAUGAACAGGAGACCUCAUUGUCAUCCACUCCAGAACCUGUUCCAGCACAGGGCCAAGUUUCCACAGAUAUCCUAGCCCAAGCAGAAAUCCACAGUGGCUCUCCUGCUGCACACCCCAGUCUGGACUCAAACCCAGUCACACCCCCAGAUGAAGCUGAACACACACCUACCUCAGAGAGUGCCGGCCCACCCCACACAGGUGCAGCGCGAGCUGCCAGUGCAGGAGAUGAGCUCCCAGUAGACAUCUUUGUCUUUGCUGAGCACUCUGAUUCACAGUGCGGGGUCAUCCCCCCCGAACUGGCAACCUGUGAAAACUCCCCUUUUGGCAUCCCUCUCUUCAGAAAGGACGAGGCUGCCAUAGAACACCAGCGGUCAGAUCAGGGAUCCAGUUCUGGUCCAGAAGCAGAGGUCCAGUCUACACCAGGCCUUUUGGAUCAGGAACAGCAGCAGCAGCGGAAGCAGAAGCUGGAGGAUGGGCUGUUGGAUUUGGACCAGGAGGGCAACACCUCCCAGCAUCUGCAAGAAGAGCAGGCAGGAGACGCCAGCGUUGCCAGGGAGGCUGAUCCCUCCGUUCCCAGCAAAGAAGAUAUCCCCACCUUCGACGAGUGGAAGAAACAAGUCAUGGAGGUCGAGAAGGAGAAAAGUCAGUCUCUCCACACCUCAGCCAGCGGCAGCCCCCAUCCAGUGAAGAAGAAGGUCCAGAAGAACUUUAAGAAUAACUACGCAUCUGUGGAGUGUGGAGCCAAGAUACUGUCUGCCAACAUUGAGGCCAAGAGUACUUCAGCAAUUCUCAUGGAAAAUAUGGACCUUUACAUGCUGAAUCCUUGCAGCAACAAAAUAUGGUUUGUGAUAGAGCUCUGUGAGCCUAUUCAAGUCAAGCAGCUGGAUAUCGCGAACUUUGAACUCUUCUCAUCAACACCAAAAGACUUUCUAGUGUCCAUCAGUGACAGAUAUCCUACCAACAAGUGGGUAAAGCUGGGUACUUUCCAUGGCCGCGAUGAGCGCAUCGUCCAGAGCUUCCCACUGGAUGAGCAGCUUUAUGCUAAAUAUGUGAAGAUGUUCAUCAAGUACAUAAAGGUUGAACUCCUCUCACACUUUGGAUCAGAACACUUCUGUCCCCUCAGUCUCAUCAGGGUGUUUGGUACCAGCAUGGUGGAGGAGUAUGAGGAGAUUGCAGAUUCCCAGUACCCUUCAGAGAGACUGGAGUACUUGGAUGAAGAGUAUGAUUAUCCUCCUGGUUACCAACCGUCAGAGGACAAGGGCUCUAAAAACCUGCUUGGCUCAGCGACCAACGCCAUCCUAAACAUGGUGAAUAACAUAGCUGCUAACGUGAUGGGCGGAAAGUCGGAGCUGGAGGGUGGAGCAGUAAAAGGAGUACCAGGUAACACAACAACAGAGGAGAAUGAAAAGAAGGGAACUACUGAAGUUAAAAGUACCCCAGCUGAAACACUUCCCGACCCUGCAGAACUGGAGCCUACAGAACCUGAAGACACUAUAACCCAGGAGGACAUCUCCAAGGACAGCUCCACACCCUCUCCCUCCUCGUCCGACUCCCCUGAGGGCAGACAGAUCGUCACUCUGGUAGAGGAGGACGACGACGAAGAGCCCAGACAGUCAACUGUGACCCUCAUGGAAGAGGAGGGCGAGGAGGAGGAAGAGAAGAGGGAGGAGGACACGAGGAGGGAGGCGGACAGGAACCAGCGGGAGAGCCAGAAAUACUGUCCUUUCGCUUCGCUCUCCUCUCUGUCUCUGUCGUGCAUGGCCACUCUGCCGGAGCUGCUCCACCGCUGGUGCUCGGCCCGGCUGGCGAAGGGUCGGCUCCGCAGCCUUCGGCGGAGGCAGCUGAGCGCUCAAACCCAGAUUCACGCCACUGCAAACACCCCCAUCCUCACCCACCAGCCACCAGUGAUCCCUGUCCCCUCCCCGACACCUCCACAAGACGCCCUUCCCCUCACAGACAAAGCUCCAGAGACUGAACUGCCUAAGGGACAAAAUGAGGACAAAUCUCUGGGUGAGGUGCACACCACCUACACACAUCCCCACUCUGGCAUGCCUGAUGCACUCACUCCAGAGAUCAGCACCCACCUGGAGCCGAGUAGAACCUCCACCAUCCCCCCGAACAGUUUCUCCGACAUGCACAGUUCUCUGAUGCGGCCGACCCCCACGCAGGAGGAGAAGCCGCAACCUCCCAUCAAAGACGCAGCCAUGAACCCUGUCCCUACACCCCCCCUCCAUGUUGCCUCUAUCCACGAGACGCAGCAGGCCAGUAGUGCCAGUGCCUCCCUCGCCGUCAGCUCUCCCUCCCAGCAUGUGUCCCCUGAGACGGCCUCUCCCGGUGUUGUGAUUCCUCCUGUCAAGGAGCAGCCCGUUCAGCCUCUCCCCACGGCUUCAAGGCCCGAAGACCUGAGCCCCCCUCCCACUGAACUGCCACCAGCGGUCCCUAUCACCGAUACUCACACAGAUUCUGUGAAUUCAGGCACAGACAGCGGGGACUCGCAGAGACGCAGUGUCCACGCAUCUCAGACUCCCGGGGAGCAGGGGGACUGCAUCGCUCACACCGGAGAACCCUACCGGGGGGACGACACAGGGGACGAGGACCUGUUGAGCACUAAUGGGAACAGCAAUGUCCACCGGGCCGCCACGGACUUCUAUGCGGAGUUACAGAAUGUGGGCGACUACAAUGGCGGGGGUGUGAACGGAAAUGGCGUGUCGUUGAACGGGGGAGCGGUGCACGGCUCCAGCCAGAAGGAGAGCGUGUUCAUGAGGCUGAACAACAGGAUCAAAGCUCUGGAGAUGAACAUGAGUCUGUCCAGCAGAUACCUGGAGGAGCUGAGCCAGAGGUACCGUAAACAGAUGGAAGAGAUGCAGAGAGCGUUCAAUAAAACCAUCAUCAAAAUGCAGAACUCCUCCCGCAUCGCAGAGGAGCAGGACCAGAGGCAGACAGAUUCCAUCCAUCUCCUGCAGAACCAGCUGGAGAACGUCACCAAGCUGAUGUUAAAUCUGACUUCUGCCGUCAGCCUGUUGCAGAGAGAGGUGUCUGAUCGCCAGAGCUACUUGGUGGUCUCUCUGGUUCUGUGUCUGUCUCUGGGCCUCCUGCUGUGUCUGCAGUGCUGCCGCGGCUCCUCUCCCAGUCCCAGCUCCACUGCUGCUGUGCUGCCCAAGAGCAACCACUACCCCAGCCCCAAAAGAUGCUUUUCCUCUUACGACGACAUGAGCCUAAGGCGCAGGGUUACCAGUCCGCUGGUUCGUUCUAAGUCCCUUUAUCUGCCCUCUUCGGAAGUAGGUCCAGAUGACUUGUACAUUGUAGAACCUCUAAGGUUUUCUCCAGAGAAAAAGAAAAAACGUUGCAAGACAAAGUCAUUGGAAAAGGUUGAAUCUAAUUCCUCUGCCGCCCUCCCAAACGGGGGUCCCGUGAGUAACGGCUUCCACCCCUGCCUCCCUGAGCCGAUCCCGGCCCUCCUCCCCCCUCCUCCGCCGCCUCCUUCUGUUAUCCCUCUUCCGCCACCACCAGUUCCUCCCCCUCCCUUCACCAAGAGCGUGUCGUCGUUGCCCACCUGCGCCUCCAAGGAGCUCCUCUCCGAGACCAGCAGCUGCUGCUCGUCCACCCACUCCGAGGAGUCCUUCACGAGCUGCAUCCCCCCUCCCUCCCCCAUCCCCACCUCCGACCGCUUGUGCAACGGCCACGGCCUCAGCAUCCCCCUCCCGCCACCGCCCACCAAGUCCCGUCAGGAGAAGCGCUCUGUGAAGCGGCGGAAGUCGCGACAGACAGAACUGCAGUUUGUGAUGCCCGGGGAGGGCGUGGCCUCUCUGCCCAGCCUGCAGCAGCUCAUGAAGGGAAACAAGGAGAUCAGCGUGGGGACCAUCGGAGUGACAGCCGGCACCGGACAUGUCUGAAAUACUCGCACGUCACUUCUACACAACUUUCUACACAAACACACCAAGGCUAUAUGGUAGCGGACUUACAAGGAGAGAGGGUCCUACUGCAUCCCAAAGAACCACUUUUCCCCGCGUGCCCCCCCCGGGCGCACCGUGGAACUGACACGGCUCCGGCACCAGUAGUUCCACAUCAUCCAGUCCUUAUCCACUCCUGUCAAAGACCUGUUUACGGUUACGUGCCUUUAUAUCUGUUCCAGACCUUUUUAUUGCUAAAAGAAAAACCCGAAAUGUAAAGCAUAGUCGGAGUGGGCAGAGCGAGGGAGACUCCGCUGGGAGUGACUCAUUGAUACAAGUCAAAUCCAUCGAAGUGCGUUCAAGAUAUUUGUUUGUUUUUUCUAACAGAUAAGCACAUUGGCCUCAACUCUACGUUUCUUCACACACCAAGAAGUAUCAGGCUGCUCCUUUGGGACGGGAAGUGUCAUAAUGAGAGAACUGUAGAGCACCACAAACCUCUUCUUUUGUCCUUCUUUCAUUCUCUCUAUCAUUUUCGAUCUUAUCCAUUCUGUUCUUGGCAUUGCAUCCUUACAUGACUGCAGGUGUUCGUACGGGACCAGUGUUAAACUUCUCUCUCUCUGUUUGUCUCCGUCGGUCUGCUCCGAAAACAACCGUCAGAGCUGAAUGAAGAAAAUGUCUUUGCAUGGAGUGAAACGGUUUGAAUGUGUUGGUCCUUUCACUUGUGUGUUCCACUCAACCCCAGACUACAAAUACAGCAGCAGCAGAUUGUCGAUCUUAACGAGUCCUCCGCGAUUAGUUUGGGCUGGGCCCGAAAACCUUUGAUCACACAGCAAGUGGAGAGAAGUUGUGCUUUUUAUCAGUGGAUAUUGUGACUGAGAAUGCUGGAUAUUUACAGCGAGUGUCGACAGGCUAGAGCGAAGCUGAACUUUCUUCUUUUUUUUUUUUUCAUAUUCCGAUAACUGAGCCCUGCUCUUCAUGUUACAGAUGUGCUUUGUUUGAAUUAUUGUCACAAGUAAAGUUCUUUUUCUCCUCCUGCAGUGUACUCACUGAGGACACUGGGUAGCAGAGCUUAAUGUUUACACUAUUGACUCACUCUCUCACACACAGAAACACACGCACACAGACACACACACACACGCACACGCACUACUGGGACCCUGUAGUCAAGACUGACAGACCAGUUUUAUUUAUCUAUUUAUUUAUUUAAAUGACUUCAGAUUUCUCUAAAGUAGGCACUUGUCCGACAGUUCCUGCAGUUUCGCAGUAGUUAACCACGUGAGUGUAUCAUAAAGAAAAUAUAACUGUGAAUAUACUCAGCGGUGCCGACGCACGGUCACGGUGAGCGGCUCAACCACGAGGACCUUCUCUCUUCUUUUUUUUAAAUUUUUUUUUAUUACCUUGGGCUCUGACGUUGGAACAGCCCCGAGCUCUGUUUGCCUGAUAUGUCCGACGUAUAUCAGCAGUCACAUGCACCUACAGCACCCUAUGUUCCCGACAAGAUAACGGAGUAUUGAUUUAAAUGUCGGUUGAGAUAGGUCCGCUGCUGCUCUUGUAUUGGUUCAGAUUGCUGGGAGGUUGGAAGGAGUGGAACCAGUGUGUGUCUUCUGCGUGCUUGUUACUGUGUCUCCGUUAGGAUCAGCUAACUGAUUUUAACUCGUGAUUUCAACUCGCCCUCAGCAUUGAGUUUAAUAUUUAAACGCAAUGCAUGGGGAUCCGAUAUUGAAAAAAUAGAUUCACUUUUUGUUUGUUUUUAAAUAAUAAAAUGUAAGCAAUCAUUAUCUGUAUGAAUGCAGUUUCUGAUUGGCUCUGUGCGGUUGGACUGGUGUAGCGACGGUGAACUCUCUUCUAACUUUACUCUCAUGACACCUCCUGACCAGCUUCUCUUUACAUAUCUUCCUCUGCCGGGGUCACCUCUGAAUCCUUUGCACAAAGUUUUUCGUGACUGUGAAGAAUUUUGUUUAUUUCUAAAUGCUUGCUCUUAUCAACCACUCUAACAUUUUCCCAUUAGGGACUUGAAAUGCUUUAUCCCUCUGAAACACCUGCUUCUCUCACUCGCUCAUCUGUCUCCGCAGCCCCACUCUCACCAGACCCCCCCCCCGAACGCUCUUUUAGUCACUCAUCACUGCUCUAUGGCUUUUUGUGUUCACCCCACCAUGACCGAUAACGUGCUCUGCAAAGAUAAGGACAUUGUUGUUAAGUAAAGGGAACACGGUAAAUGAUUAGGAACACUAUUAAUUUGUUCCAUAAGCCGAGCUAAACAGGAGGUGUGUUGUUUUUUUUACCCUCUUUGAAUGUGUAUGAUCUUAUGUUUGUGUGUGUAAACCUGUAUGCAUGUGAGAAUCUUGUUUUGGUGUUGAUCUCAUGUAUGUGUGUGCAAGUCUGUGUUAUGAGAAAGACUACUUUAAUGGAUCUACCUGAACCCAUAACACAGCGACUUGGGAGAAAGCCCAGGGGGAGAGAUUCUUGGAGCUCAGUGUGCACUUUGUAGGACUCCUCAUGCCUUUUAUUUUUUGUUUUCUUUUUCUACCUGACAUGUAAAAGUGCUAUCUUUUCUUUUCUCUAUCUCUCUCUCUUUCUCUUUGUGAUUACUCUGAAGAUCUGCACAGUAUUUUUGAGCAGGAGUGAGUUACUGCAAAAAAAAUGUAGUGCCAUUAGAAACUGUGAAUUUCUAAAUAAAACUUUCGUCGUC